CAUUCGAAUUCUCAGGGAAGCUUUGUGCGGUUUAGGAUAGACACGCUUUUCAGUUUGACAUUUUUUUACAUUGAUUUAUUUAGAAAAUUUUGGGUUGAAGUAGAUUUUUUUUUUUACUGCGGUGAUAUACACAUGGUCUCAAUUCAGUUUCUCUAUUCUUACAUGUGGGAAAUUUAGAAAAACAAAUUGAGGUGUGAUAUACAACAACUUGUGCCCGUCACCUACAAAUUUCAAAUCACAUCUCGAAAAAACAAAACAAAAAAGAGACAAAGCAAGGAAAUUCCUGACCUGAGAGCUCUAGGCCCAACCCAACGGCCCAACAACCCCUUUCUCUCGCCGCCUUCCCUCCAAGAACCCAGCACGAAUUCACCCUCUCCGCCGAAGCACGGCCAUGCCAUGCCCAUGCCCAUGCGCGAGGCAAUCCCUCGAGCACCUUGCACGCACCCGGCGGCGGCGGCGCUGCGCCACUGCGUCGCGCUCCUCCGCCUCCACCUCGCAUCGCCCUCGCUCGCCACCGCCAAGCAGCUCCACGCGCGGGCGCUCCGUGCGGCCCCCGGCGUCACCCCGUCCCACCCGCUCCUCGCAAAGCACCUCCUCUUCCACCUCGCCGCUCUCAAGGCCCCGCCGCUCCGCUACGCCGUCGCCGUCCUCUCCGGCCUCCUCCCCAGCCCAGACCCGUUCUCCCUCAACACCGUGCUCCGCAUCUUCGCCUCCUCGGCUCGCCCGCGCGUCGCGCUCGCGCUCCACCGCCGCCACCUGGCCCCGCCCGACACGCACACGUACCCGCCGCUCCUCCAGGCCUGCGCGCGCCUCCUCGCGCUCCGCUACGGCGAAGGGCUCCACGCCGAGGCAUGCAAGAACGGGCUCGUGUCCCUCGUCUUCGUCAAGAACUCGCUCGUCCACCUCUACGGCGCUUGCGGCCUCUUCGAGAGCGCGCACAGGGUGUUCGACGAAAUACCGCCGCCCGAGCGGAACCUCGUCUCGUGGAACUCCGUGCUUAACGGGUUCGCGGCCAACGGGAGGCCCAAUGAGGUGCUGACUGUCUUCAGGGAGAUGUUGGAGGUCGAGUUUGCGCCGGAUGGUUUCACCGUGGUGAGCGUUUUGACUGCGUGCGCGGAGAUUGGGGUGCUCGCUUUAGGGAGGAGGGUGCAUGUGUUUGUGGCCAAGGUUGGGUUGGUUGGGAACGCGCAUGCCGGGAAUGCGCUGAUUGAUCUGUACGCCAAGUGCGGCGGAGUUGACGAUGCUAGGAAGAUGUUUGGGGAGAUGGGGGUGGGAAGGACUGUUGUCUCGUGGACGUCACUGAUCGUGGGUUUGGCAGUGAAUGGGUUUGGAAUGGAUGCGCUUCAGCUGUUCAGCAUGAUGGAAAGGGAGAAGCUUAUGCCAACUGAAAUCACUAUGGUGGGUGUAUUGUAUGCUUGUAGCCACUGUGGGUUGGUUGAUGACGGGUUUCGGUAUUUUGAUCAGAUGAAGGCGGAGUACGGCAUUACGCCGAGGAUUGAGCAUCUUGGAUGUAUGGUGGACCUCCUGGGUAGAGCUGGGAGAGUUGAGGAAGCACACAAUUAUAUCACCACGAUGCCACUUGAGCCUAACGCUGUCGUUUGGCGGACCUUGCUGGGUGCUUGCGCAAUGCACAAGAAACUGGAAAUCGGUGAGGCUGCUUGGGCACGGCUGGUUGAGCUUGACCCUGGGCACAGUGGCGACUAUGUGCUCCUCUCAAACCUUUAUGCUGGGGUUGGGAGGUGGGCAGAUGUACAUGUGCUUAGGAAGACAAUGGUCACACAUGGAGUGAGGAAGAACCCAGGGCAUAGCCUUGUGGAGCUCCGCAAUUCUGUGUAUGAGUUUGUUAUGGGCGAUAGGUCGCAUCCCGAGACUGAUCAGAUAUAUGAAAUGCUUGGUGAUAUUGCUGAGAGAUUGAGACGUCAAGGGUACAUCCCUCACACAAGCAAUGUAUUGGCAGAUAUAGAAGACGAAGAGAAAGAGUCUGCCUUGAACUAUCAUAGCGAGAGGCUGGCCAUCGCAUUUGCAUUACUGAAGUCUCUUCCUGGUACUCCUAUCAGGAUAGUGAAGAACUUGAGGGUGUGUGGGGACUGCCACAUGGCAAUUAAGCUAAUAUCUAAGGUAUACGAUCGUGAAAUCAUUGUUAGGGAUCGCAGUAGGUUCCACCAUUUCAAAGGGGGAGCAUGUUCAUGUAAAGAUUACUGGUAGUUGAUCCAUGUACAGACUGACAGUGAUUGAUGUACGAUUUAUGAGGAUCCAUGCCCAAUAAUCAGGUACUAGUGCUCUCA